CGAGUCUUCACGAGAACUUCUUCCCAGUCACCUAUGAAGCUCCUGAUUUGGAAGUUGCACUUCUGCAAUGAAGAAAAGGAGACGGCUCGCUGCAAAUCUAAAAGAAAAAGUUCAUUUUGGCCACAAGAAAGAUACUUCAGAACAGAUUCUUAUAGUGGACUGUGCACAAGAAAUUGUCUCCAAGUCUGCAGAAAUAGCUCCUGCAGAUCAGCUUGAAUCUUCCCAAGAACUUUCGCCAUCAUCAGAACAAAGAAAGCUCCUAAGCUCAUUGCAGUAUAACAAAAAUCUGCUUAAAUACUUAAAUGAUGAUAGACAGAAACAUCCGUCAUUUUGUGAUUUACUCAUAAUUGUAGAAGGAAAAGAAUUUAGUGCUCACAAAGUUGUAGUGGCUGUUGGGAGUAGUUAUUUUCAUGCCUGUUUGAGCAAAAAUCCAAGCACCGAUGUUGUCACGUUAGAUCACGUAACUCAUUCUGUCUUUCAGCAUUUGCUUGAGUUUCUCUACACCUCUGAAUUUUUUGUGUAUAAAAAUGAAAUUCCAUUGGUGCUGGAAGCAGCAAAAUUUUUAGAUAUCAUAGAUGCAGUGAAGUUACUAAAUAAUGAAGGUGUUUCUAACAUACAGACUGACGUGGUAACAGAUGCACCUGCACCAGUAGAAACACUCAAUGAACUGACGGGUAAACUGUUAAAUAGCCACCAGUGUACCUUUUGUGAUCGAAGCUUUUGUUACAAGAAGUCCUUAGAAAAUCAUUUGGCUAAAGCCCACAGAUCCCUUUCCCUGGAGAGAAAACAUGGGUUAAAAAUGGUUGAGAAGGCUGAUUUUUCCACGAGACGUUCUAUGAGAAGCCGUAGAUGUCCAGCCAAAUUUGAUGACAGUGACAGUGAAAGUGGUGAUGCCUCUGACAGCAAUUUGGAAAAAGUCAGUUCUGACAAGGAAACAUCUGAUAGAAGUGAAUUUGAAGAUAGUGAAAGUGAAUGCAAUGCUGAUGAAGAGGGACAGGAAGAGGAAAUGUCAGGUGAAGAUUCAGAGUCUGAAGAACAAAGCGAAAAAGAACAGAAUGAUACUGAAGAGGGUUCUGAGCCAGUUGAUUCGGUGGGAAAUAUUCCUGAAGGCUUAGCUCCAGUCAUCGUUCAAAACAGUAGCAAAAAACUACUGCAGUGUCCCAAGUGUGAUAAAAAAUUUGAUCGAAUAGGCAAAUACGAGAGCCAUACACGUGUACACACGGGUGAGAAGCCUUUUGAGUGUGAUAUAUGUCAUCAGCGCUAUUCAACCAAGUCCAACCUGACAGUGCACAGAAAGAAACACUCCAGUGAUACUGACUUUCAUAAAAAGGAACACAAAUGUCCCUACUGCCAUAAGCUGCAUGCAAGCAAAAAGACUUUAGCAAAGCACGUGAAGAGGUUUCAUCCGGAGAAUGUACAAGAAUUUCUUUCUAUCAAGAAGACCAAGAGUGAAGGCUGGAAAUGUGAUAUUUGUAAGAAAUCUUUCACUCGAAGACCUCAUUUAGAAGAGCAUAUGAUCCUUCACUCUCAGGAUAAACCCUUUAAGUGUACCUACUGUGAAGAGCACUUUAAGUCCAGAUUUGCAAGACUGAAACAUCAAGAAAAAUUCCAUCUCGGGCCUUUUCCUUGUGAUAUUUGUGGCCGCCAAUUUAAUGAUACAGGAAAUCUGAAACGCCAUAUAGAAUGUACUCAUGGAGGAAAGAGAAAAUGGACAUGUUUCAUCUGUGGAAAAUCCGUUAGGGAACGAACAACUCUGAAAGAACAUCUGAGAAUUCACAGUGGAGAGAAGCCUCAUCUUUGCAGUAUUUGUGGACAGAGUUUUCGUCAUGGCAGCUCUUACAGACUUCAUCUAAGAGUCCACCACGAUGACAAGAGAUAUGAAUGUGAAGAGUGUGGGAAAACAUUUAUUCGGCAUGACCAUCUGACAAAACACAAAAAAAUACAU